GAGAACUUACACAUAGCCUUAUGUAUAAAAACUGUAGUAAUUAUGGAAAUGGAAUUACUGGAUUAACGAAAGUAUAGAUAAAAAAAUAUAAAUAUACAUAUUUGUCAUGGCUAAAGUCGGUCGAGGUUUGCAAAUACCACUUUCGUGGAUCCCAGGACGUGAUGGAUUUUGUCCAGCUGGUGCAGUUUCUGUUGAUAACAUAUGUGUAGCACGAAGUAAACACAGUGGGGAAUUAUUGCCUGGAAAAUUAGUACCGAUGAAUGGAAAAUGCUAUUGUCCUUAUGGUGGAGCAGAAUUAGAGUCUUACGAUUAUGAAGUAUUGUGUGAAAGUUUUAUUCCUGGUUCUUGCAAAGGAUAUCGUUGGGAAAGAGCAUUUGACGGUGAUGUUCCAAAGAAUGCAAUUGUUGCUGGAAUAGCUAAAGAUGGUGAACCAUUGUACAUUGUAAAAGGUGUUGUGAAUGAUGAAACAUGUUUUGGAAAGAUACCGAAAUUGCCAGUCUACAACUUGCUAGUUGUUAGGUUUCUGUUAACCAUUUUUGCUUAUUGUUGUGCUUCAAACUGGAACAAAUACUAAAUAUUCAUGCUUUGCUUGAGUGUAGAAUCACAACAAAAGUCUACUUCUACUUUUAAAUUGAUACAUGGUUAUUAAAUAAGAAUAUUCAACUGAAAUUUUCAUAAGCUUCAGUUCUUCAGUUUUUUUUAAUUGAUGUAAUAAUAUGACACUACUGCACAGUGAUUACAGAUUUACAUAAUAUUUAAGGAAAUUGUCAGAAUGCAAAUUUUAGUUAAAUGAUUAUCAACUUUAAUACUUAAAUGUCUUCUUCAACAGCAUGUUACUACGAAAAGUAAAUCAUGCGCUUAGGAAUGUGUUUUAAAUUAUUAAAACGCUGCCUUUUAUAGUUUCUAACAAAAAAAGGAAUAUUAACUCAGUAAAAUGGUCUCAACAAACUAUAAUCAUUCAAGUCAACAAUAAUAAUAAGUGAUGGCUUUUCCUGACAAAUAUCCCUUUAAAGGACUCCAUACUUUUAUGACAAACUAAGCAAACAAUUGAAUUUCAGAGGAACAUGAGUAGUUUCCACAACUCAUUAGUCUAAUAGUAUGAAAGCAUUUUAGUUUAUUUCCAAAUCGAGUUGUUGGUUUCAAUGAACUAAAAACACUCACAUAUAAGACUGGUUCUGAUUCAAUGGCAAACCAGUUGAAUAUAUAGUAAAUUUCUAACCUAAUGAAAUUAGGUAUAGAACAAGAACCCUAGUGAUAUUUUUACAAAAAACACCGUACAAUUUAAUUCUUCAUUUACUCGAAUCCUUAAGCGAAUAAUAGUGGUCCUUUAAAUGUAUUAUAAUUUGUCAACUAGUCUAACUAUUUAAUGUAACGUUCAUCUGGUCCUUGGUGCUGAUAAAAUUCCGUCAAUCAAGUUGCAAUAUGGUUACUUAUCGAGGUGACCCCACAUUACAUACACUAUGUUUUUGGCUACUACUUGGUGAUCAAUAAGUAUGAAUGCUUUCUGGAUGAGUGACAGAACGAAACCUACUUCGAAUAGGGUAUCCUAUCAACAACAUCCAACCAUUAAACAUUGUGUUUGUGGUGAAGUUCCGUUCUCUGAACUGUAUGGUUUGCUCGUGGAGGCUUCGUUGUACUUCUGAACAACAAUGAAGGUAUUACGACUAGAUCAUCCAGUUCAGAGGACGAGACUCCAUCCAAAUUAUCCACAUGAGCUAUAAAUUUUCUAACCAUUGUGAUUAUUCAUUAUUUCGACUACACGGAUGAUUGAUCGAUCAACUAACUGGUUAGCUGACUGAAUACAAGUGAUUCCUUCACGUUAUGCAUCCACUCUUGACUUUUUUUACCUUCAUUUAUAUAUUUCAGCUACACGAAGGUCAUUCAUGUGCCUACUUACCAUGGGGUGGUAAGGAAUAUUCAGUCAAUGAAUAUGAUGUACUUGUGUGGCAGAAACAUUGAGAUUUAAAUUUUUAAAUACAGUUUUGUACCGGAGACAUCAUUAGCCUCAUACAUCAGAUGUUCUUUUCUUUUUUACCAUGCCAUUUUUUUGUUUGCAAUCUUUGAAAAUGUGUGAAAAUAAUACAUCUUUACACAGUAUUAAUCUAUUAUCUUAUUACUGAAUCUACUGAUGAAUCGUGAUAUCCGGGGAAACGAAUGCGAAACCUUUGGUUAGAACACACAUAUACAAUAUUUAUUUGAUGUUUAAUAAAAGCAAUUUUAUUCUAGUUUAUAUAUUAUAUAAUACUAAAUUAUAAACG